GGCAGUUUGAUUGCGUGAAGGGUAAACAUCUGAGAACCCUGCAAGAUUUUCUCUUGUUUUCUUCAACGAACUGGUGGAUUACUUUGUUGUGUAAUUGAAAAGUGUUCUUUUGUGAUUUUUAGAAGGAGAAUUGUUCACAAGGAAGUGUUUUUCGGGGAUCAGAGGAGUUUGUUUACGAGUUGCUAUGCUGUGUGCAUAAACUUAGAGAAUUUGGAUUAUGUCGAUUGUGUUAUGAGAUCCUGUCAUUGAGCCAUUUUAAGAAAACAAUUCUUAGUUGUAGAGGAUUUUUUUUUAUUGACAGCGUGUUUCGAUCUGUAGGCCUGAAAAAAUAUGGAAUUUUGUAAUGACUGAGAUAAUUUAGAAGAAACAGCAGUGAGUUCGUUGGCAGGCAAUAAACAACCUAGUUUGCUAGAUCAAGAAGAAACGUACGCUAUAACUUCCGGACGUCAUGUCUCUACGGACCAGAAUCAAUGGCUUUACUGCAUGGGUAAACCUCAGACUUAGUCCAACAGGACACUUCAUGCACAAUAUAUUGACAGAUCUGCUGAAAGGGUACAACAUGAAGGUUCUUCUAGAAAGUUUGACUGGACGGCCGUUGGAGAAACUGCAGAGUUUUGAUGGACUGACCCAGCAACAAAAGACAACAAGAGUGGAAUGGAUUGUGAAGGAAUUGAAACAUGCGAACAUUAUCCCCAAGGACACAUAUGUGGAUUCCAGAAUGUUUGCCAUGAGAUGCGCAGAUCAGGUGUUUGAUUUACUUUGGUGCCUGGUUUGUCAUGACAUCUGGUUUGUUUGGGAACGAUCUGAAUUCCUUCAACAAGCUGAAGGACAAAUGCUGACAUCAAAACCUUUCUCGUGGACUCCUCCACCUCCGCCACCCAAAACCCCAACCCUCAAGACAGAGAAAUCCAUGCUGUCAGGAUUUGGAUCAAAAUCGCUGAUUCAGACACCAAUAACCUCCCCUGAGGUGCCUUCUCCUAGUCCAACAAAUACGGCGAGGUCAGAUGACAUGGUGAACAGACGUCACAAGUCAAGAAAUUAUCCGUCACCAGAAUACUGCAUCUUGGAUAUGGUGAAUGCCCACCUUAAAAUGAACAGAGAGGGACGCAAACUCACAAGGGGUGUUUUGAGUUUGAGUGAUCUUACAGACAGCAGGGUCCUUUGUGCUCUGGUGAACUCAUUUGUUCCAGAGACUUUCACCACAGAAGUCUUAUUAAAUGACCGGUGGACAAUAAACCUCGCGUUGAGGACAGCAAAUCAAAUGUUUAAAUCUUCAAAUCCCUUUGACUCUCAAGACUUAGUUGAGGGUGACAUAAUGUCUGUAUGCUGUUAUUUUGGAUUUUUCUUCAUGAGUGGAUACAGAUAUCGACAAUCCAGAGCAGUGCUCAAGAGACUGGAUGAAUUGAAUGUCUUGAAAAUUGGGAUCAAAGACGAAAUGGAACAGUUUCCAUCCCUCAUUACCAAUGUAAAGGAUCUAAAGAGAAAAAAAGAAUUAGAGAAUCUUAUAUCUGUGUACGAUGAAGAAAUCCAGUUUUUAGAGCAAAAUUAUGACAUUGCUAAAUGUAAUGUUUGGAUGAGACAGGUAGCGGAGAUACAAAAUAAGUGUCGAACAAUUGUGGCAGAAAAAAUUGUGCAAAGGUUUGAUGUUGUCAAGGUUCCAAGGAACACAACCAUCAAUGAUUUGGCAGUGGAUAUGAUUAUUAAUCUGAGUCUGACGUGUGGAACAGGGUUUUACAGCAGUAAGGUUCACGAGACAGUGUGGAAAGGUCGCAAGCUUGUGAUCAGAGACAAAGAAACUGGUGAAUUUUUCGAUGAUUUUUCCGGGAAUGCAGACCAUAAAGAAACUGUGCGUCAAGUACUUGGCUUAGAGGAAGAUCAAGUGGCGGAAAUUAGUGGCGAUCAUGAAAAAUAUGAGAUAUACUUUGAAAGUUCGUCAAGAAAUAAAACACUGAAAGCUGGAUCCUGGUUUCUGUACCAAAUAUUUCCAGGCACCACGUUACAGUGUCAGCGAUUGUUGUUCAAGGCAGCCAAGACGGGUGAAUUGGAUACAGUCCAAAAACUGGUGGCCUUCUUUAAUGCAGACAAGGACUUCAUCAAGUCCAAAGAGCAUGGGUCUGGCAAUACAGCUCUGCACAUGGCCUGCAGGCACGGACAUUUUGACAUUGUGUUAUAUUUGUUGGAAAACGGAGCUGACAUUGAUAUGUUUAACAAUCACCACAACACGCCUUUUUUCCUCGCCACGGAAAGCUUACAGAAAGAGAUAUGCCAGCUUCUUAUCGAAUGGGGUGCCGACGUGAUGAAGCGAAACAAAAGCAGCAAAACGGCGUUUGACUUGAUGCGUCAUUAUGAACUCAAGAAAUUCUUGGAAGCCAAGUAUAAAGAAUGGCAAGAGCUUGUCCCUAAGUUGAUAUCAGGAGACAUCAAGAAACUAACUGCUGUGAUAGACGCUCAUCACAGAAGAGAAAAAACUAUGGCCAGUCUCAGAAGCAGGUGUGUCAGUGGUAGCACUUUACUCCACACAGCGUCCUUCUUUGGAGCAAUCCCAGUUAUCAAGACCUUGCUCUCAGAAGGAGUGGAUGUCAAUACUUUGGACUACAAAGGAGCUACGCCCCUGCACAGAGCCAAAGAUGCGGCCACCGUGGAGCUUCUCCUCGAGGCAGGAUCAAACAUUGACUGUGAAGAUCAUGAUGGCAACACUCCACUGCAUGUCAAAUGUUACGGAGAAAGCGGAGAGCCCACUGACUUAGAAUGCAUUGAAAAAAUGCUGAUGAAAGAAGCUCCUCUCAAUACCAGAAAUAAUCGAGAUUUGAUGCCUAUUCACUGCUGCGCUAUGCAAGGUCGGAUAGACGCCAUUCAGGCUUUGCUCUUCUUCGACACUGAAGGAAUCAUAAGGCAAAACUUGGAGAUGGAAGGCGAGAAAACCCCACCCAGUCUUCUUCAUUUGUCUGUGGCUAACGACUUUCUAGAUUGUGCAAAAUGGUUAGCAGAAAACAAGUUUGAAUUCAAGGAGAAAGAAACAGAUUUACUUGUGCAUAAGAUUCUGCUUGAAGAAGUUCCUUGUGGUGAUCGUGUGGCAACCGUCAAAUUUCUCCUCGAAAAUGGUGCUUCCGUCAAUCCUACGUACCCGGGAGGAAAUACAGCUCUUCACCUGACCGCAGGCUUGUCGAACGCAUCAGAUCUGUUAGAGUUGUUAUUGUCAUUUGAUGCCGAUGUUGAUGCCAUGAACGAUGACCUGUGUAGUCCGCUGUUUUACGCCGCACAGGCUAAUAAUCUGUAUGCGGCAAGUCUUCUGUUAAAUCAAGGAGCCAAUGUGAGGACAAGAAACUUGCAAGGUCUGUCUGCCUUUGAUUUUAUCUCUGACUUCGAAGAGUGGAUUGAAUGCGGUUAUUUCAGCGAGGAAAUAAAGGCGAGAUUAAAAGCCUACAGCCUCAAGCAUGCGCGGGAUCUGGUUCGAGCUAUAACCAAGAAAGUUAAGAACCAACCAAGACUUUCCACGUCACAGCAGCUAGUGGGUCGAUCCCAGCCUGCCUUGUCGGCAAUCGGUGGUGGUCAUGUGCCUCUGAUGCUUCCGCCAAUCAGAAAAGGAGCGACGAGUUGAAGCGCGCGAUUAUUAGCUGUGAUCACGUGGAACAGGCUGCUGUCCUCGCUUCUUGAAUCUUAGAAACGCAAGAAAAGUCUAAAACACUGAUCUGAAUAUCGUACGCGCUUCUAUUUGAAAAUUGUAAAAAGUUUUAAAAUGAGUGUAGUUAGUUCACCUAGUGAGCUUCCUAAUCGGAUAUUGCAUUGGUUUUACUCUACCUCGCUCUGUGAUUGGUGCAACCCUUGCGACACUUUCUUAACCAAUCAGAAUCAAUACUCAAACCAAUCACGACGUGGUCAGUCAUCCAAGUUUUCGUGCGCUUCAGACAAUUUACUUAUUUAUACUGGAAGCUCACAUUGGUUCUUUGUUUUUUGGGAACCACUAAACAAUCUUUUCUCGUGAA